UGAGCACAUCAUUGAGGAUGGGGGAGGACCAAAGUCACCUGACUGAGAGGAUAUUGAACCUCACACUGGAGAUCAUCUUCUUGCUGUCCGGAGAGGAUUAUAAAGUAGUGCAGAAAAUAUCUGGUGAGCCAUUAACACCCAACAAAUGUCUUCAUGGGGCAUCACCCAUCACAGAGCCUCCACCUCACCGCCUGACAAUAGAGAUCAACAGAGCCAAGAAGAUCCUAGAAGUCACCAAGAAGAUGAUGGAGCUGCUGACAGGAGAGGUGAGCGAUCCUGAGGAAUCUUCUCAUCAAUCACAUACUAUUAGUCACAUUGCGGAGAGAUCAAGAGAUCCACCUACUCCCGAGGAACCUUCCCGAGUAAACCAUGAAGGAGAUCACACAACACAGAGUUCAUUCUCAUCUUUACAAUGCGAGAAAUCUCCCGGUGAACAGAGAAUGAUUCUUGGACAACAGAGAAGUCCUAAGGGCGAGCGUCGUUUUUCAUGUACAGAGUGCGGGAAAAGUUUUAUGAGAAAGGGACCCCUUAACAGACACCAGAGAUUUCACACAGGUGAGCGCCCUUUCUCAUGUCCUGAGUGCAGGAAAUCUUUCACUAUGAAAGCAGAUCUUCUUAGGCACAAAAUUAUUCACACGGGCGAGCGCCCUUUCUCGUGUACUGAGUGCAAAAAGUGUUUCUCCCGCAAAACAGACCUUCUUAUACACCAGAAAAUCCACACGGGUGAGCGUCCUUUCGUAUGUUCAGAGUGCGGGAAAAGCUUCUUUCGCAAAGCAGACCUUGUUAUUCACCAGAGAACUCACACAGGUGAGCGUCCAUUUUUAUGUACACAGUGUGGGAAAGGUUUCCAUAACAAAAAAUACUUUCUCAAUCACCAGAGAUGUCACACCGGUGAGCGUCUUUUCUCAUGUGCAGAGUGCGGGAAAUCUUACAGUCAAAAAGGAGACCUUCUUAAACACCAGAGAAUUCACACAGGUGAAUGUCCUUUCGUAUGUCAAGAGUGCGGGAAAACUUGCACUGGGAAAACAGACCUGCUUAGACACCAGAGAGUACACACGGGUGAGCGUCCUUUUUCAUGUUUGGAGUGUGGGAAAAGUUUCCGUUACGAAAAAGAUUUUCUCAGUCACCAGAGAGGUCACACUGGUGAGCGUCCUUUUUCGUGUUCACUGUGUGGGAAAUGUUUCCUUUACAAAAAAGACCUUCUCUUUCACCAAAGAGGUCACACUGGUGAGCGUCCUUUCUCAUGUUCAGAGUGCGAGAAAUCUUACAUUCAAAAAGGAGACCUUCUUAAACACCAGAGAAUUCACACGGGCUGUUAUCCUGUUUCAUGUUCAGAGUGUGGGAAAUGUUUCCAUAAUAAAGGAACAUUUGUCAUACACCAGAGAAUUCACACAGGUGAGCGCCCUUUUUCAUGUCUAGAGUGCGGGAAAACUUACAUUUCCAAUGGAACCCUUCUUAGACACCAAAGAAUCCACACGGGUGAGCGCCCUUUUUUAUGUCCAGAGUGUGGGAAAUCUUUCACUUCAAAAGGAGGCCUUCUUAAACAUCAGAAGAUUCACACAGGUGAACGCCCAUUCUUAUGUUCUGAGUGCGGGAAAGCUUUCACUUCGAAUGGAGACCUCCUUACACACCAGAGAAUUCACACGGGUGUGCGUCCCUAUUCAUGUUCAAUGUGUGGGAAAUGUUUCCAUAAUAAAGGCACACUUGUUGAACACCAGAGAACUCACACAGGUGAGCGCCCUUUCUUAUGUCCAGAGUGCGGGAAAACUUUCGCUUCCAAAGGAGCCCUUGUUAAACACCAGAGGAUUCACACUGGUGAGCGCCCUUUCUUAUGUCGGGAGUGCUGGAAAACGUUCACUUCGAGUGGAGACCUCCUUACACACCAGAGAAUUCACACGGGUGUGCGUCCCUAUUCAUGUUCUGUGUGUGGGAAAUGUUUUUAUACUAAAGGAACCCUUGUUAUACACCAGAGAAUUCACACGGGCGAGCGUCCUUUCUCAUGUUCACAUGUUCUGAGUCCUUUUUUUUUUAAAACAAACGCAUGGACAGGUGUCAGCCGGGACUCUGGCACAGGAAGUAUGGGGCGGGUAGAGCAGAGCGGCAAAGAUGGGGACUAUGAUGAAGCAAAAUAUGGAUCUGCAUCAGCGGGAACUGUGGAUGAUUGUAAAGUAGUGAAGAAAGUAUCUGGUGAUCCAUUAACACCCAGCAGAUGUCUUCAAGGGACAUCACCGAUCACAGAGCCUCCACCUCACCGCCUGACAACAGAGGUGAACAGAGCCAAGAAGAUUCUAGAAGUCAUCAAGAAGAUGAUGGCGCUGCUGACGGGAGAGGUCGUCUUACAAAAAUAUUUCUUUCCAACAGAUGGACACGAUGUCUGGAAUGGGGAAAGCCCUUGGGGACUUCCAGAAGAUAAUGGAAAUGCGAAAUCUUCUCCAAGAAUAAAUCCCAUUGCUCCCAGUACACAUUACAGACCUUACCCGUUGGAAGGAUCAACAGGUCCCUCUAAUCCCGAGGAAUCAUAUAGUGCUACUGCAGAUAUCCUUCUGGGAUCUCACAGUGCUGACACGUCAGCAGAUCCAUCUAAUCCAAAGGACUCUUCUUCAAGCCAUGAAGGAGUUUACACAGAAGCUCAUUCGUUGUCCUCUUUAGAGUGCGAGAAAUCUCUCAAUGAAUACAUUACGCUUCUAACACAGCAGGGAAGUAGCCAGAGUGAGCGUCCCUUUUCGUGUUUAGUGUGCGGGAAAAGCUUCAUUACGAAAGGAUACCUUCACAAACACAAGAAGAUUCACAUGAGCGAGCGUCCGUACUCGUGCCCGGAGUGCGGGAAAUGUUUUAUUUACAACAGAGACCUUAUCAAUCACCAGAGGGGUCACACGGGUGAGCGUUGCUUCUCGUGCUCGGAGUGCGGGAAAUCUUACAUCCAGAGAGCGGACCUUCUUAACCACCAGCGGAUUCACACGGGCCGCUACCCUUUUGCCUGUUCGGAGUGCGGCAAAUGUUUCCAUAAGAAAGGAAAACUCGUCGAACACCAGAGGAGUCACACGGGCGAGCGCCCUUUCUCCUGCGCGGAAUGCCAAAAAGGCUUCUUCCGCAAGGCGGACCUCCUUACGCACCAGCGGAUUCACACGGGCGAGCGGCCUUUCUCAUGUUCAGAGUGCGGGAAAGGUUUCAUCAAGAGAGCAGCCCUUGUCAUACACCAGAGAGUUCACACGGGCGAGCGGCCGUUUUCGUGCUUAGAGUGCGGAAAAGGUUUCACGCAUAAAGGGAACCUAAUUAGUCAUCAGAAAAUUCACACAGGUGAGCGUCCUUUUACGUGUUCAGAAUGCGGGAAAAGUUUCACUCUAAAAGCGAGCCUCUUCAGACACCAGAGAAUUCACACAGGUGAGCGUCCUUUUACGUGUUCAGAAUGCGGGAAAAGUUUCACUCUAAAAGCGAGCCUCUUCAGACACCAGAGAAUUCACACCGGGGAUCGUCCUUUUCCAUGUUCAGAGUGUGGGAAAUGUUACAAUACGAAAGGAAAUCUCCUUGAACACCUGAGAAUUCACACAGGUGAGCGUCCUUUCUCAUGCCCAGAGUGUGGAAAAAGUUUUACAGUGAAAAGAGACCUUCGUAAUCACCUGAAAAUUCACAAGGGUGAGCGCCCUUUCACAUGUUCAGAGUGCAGAAAAUGUUUCCAUCGCCAAGCAGAACUUCUUAUUCACCAGAGAAGUCACACGGGUGAGCGGCCUUUCUCAUGCUUAGAGUGUGGGAAAUGUUUUUAUCGUAAAUCAUGCCUUUAUAAACACCAGAAAAUUCACACCGGUGAGCGUCCUUUCUCAUGUUCAGAGUGUGGAAAAUCUUUCAUUCUAAAAGGAGACCUUCUUAAUCAUCAGAGUAUUCACACCGGCUGCUAUCCCUUUUCAUGUUCAGAGUGCGGGAAGGGUUUCCAUAAGAAAGGAAAACUUCUUGAACACCAGAGAAUUCACACAGGAGAGCGUCCUUUUUUCUGUUCAGAGUGCGGGAAAUCAUUCACCAUGAAAGGAGACCUUCUGAAACACCAGAGGAUUCACACGAGUGAACGUCCUUUCUCAUGCGCGGAAUGUGGGAAAUCUUUCACUAUUAAAAAAGACCUCCGUAGACACCAGGACACGCACACAGGCGAGCGCCCCUUCUCAUGUUUAGAGUGCGGGAAAGGUUUUGUGCAAAAAAGGAGUUUAAUUACACAUCAAAGCACACACAUGUCUGCUGAUGCUUUUGAGAAAUU